AUGGACGAAGAUUACGAUGUCAUAGUGCUCGGAACAGGGCUCACAGAAUGCAUCCUUUCAGGUUUGCUUUCUGUGGACGGCAAAAAAGUGCUUCACAUCGAUAAACAGGACCACUAUGGUGGCGAGAGUGCUUCUGUAGCACUCUCACAGCUGUACCAAAAAUUCAAGCAGAAUCCUGUUUCCAAAGACGAAAUGGAGGCUAGGUUCGGCAGAGACCGUGACUGGAGCGUGGACUUGAUCCCCAAGUUUCUAAUGGCCGACGGAGAGCUCACCAAAAUCUUGGUACACACAGACGUGACUCGUUACAUCGACUUUAAGCAAAUCACCGGCUCGUACGUUUACAAUAAGGGCAAAAUCUACAAAGUGCCUGCGAACGAGAUGGAGGCCAUCUCAUCGCCCCUAAUGGGCAUUUUCGAAAAACGUCGCAUGAAAAGGUUUUUGGAGUGGAUCGGCGAUUACCAAGAGGACAAUGUGAGUACCCACCAGGGCCUAGAUUUGGACAAGAACACAAUGGACGAAGUUUACUACAAAUUCGGACUGGGAAAUUCCACUAAAGACUUCAUUGGUCACUCAAUGGCGCUGUGGACCAACGACGAAUAUCUUGAGCAGCCUGCGAGACCCUCUUUCGAGAGAAUUCUACUAUACUUGCAAAGUGUAGCCCGCUACGGCAAAUCGCCUUAUCUGUACCCUCUUUACGGUUUGGGCGAGUUGCCCCAAGGGUUUGCCCGUUUGUCUGCCAUUUACGGUGGUACCUAUAUGUUGAACACCCCUGUGGAGAAAGUGCUCUAUGGCGACGACGGCAAGUUCCAAGGGGUCGUCACCAAAGAAGGCACAGCCAAGGCACCAAUCGUCAUCGCCGACCCCACAUACUUCCCUGAAAAAUGCAAGUCCACGGGCCAGAAGGUGAUAAGAGCCAUUUGCGUGUUGAAACAUCCAGUACCAAACACCAACAACGCCGACUCCUCUCAGAUUAUCAUUCCACAGUCCCAGGUGGGCAGGAAGAAUGACAUUUACGUGGCAGUCGUGUCCGAUUCGCACAACGUGUCUUCCAAGGGCCACUACCUUGCCAUUGUUUCAACCAUCAUCGAGACCGACAAGCCACAUAUUGAGCUUGACCCUGCCUUCAAACUUCUCGGACCUAUUGAAGAGAGGUUUAUGGGCAUUGCAGAGAUUUUCGAGCCCAAGGAAAGCGGCGCGACUGACAACAUCUACUUAUCGAGAUCCUACGAUUCUUCCUCGCAUUUCGAGUCCAUGACGGACGAUGUGAAGGACAUUUAUUUUAGAGUGACCGGCCAUCCCCUGGUUUUGAAAAAGAGACCCGAGGAGGACGGAGCUCAGGAGUAG